GCCGCCGUUAAAAUUCAAAUAACGAUAAAAUUCGACAACUUUAAAUCGAGACCGUCCAUUUCAUCAAGAUAAACCUUUAUAUAUACACACCUUCAGACACAACCUUGUUAGUUGUGCCAAAACUCUUCAGACCACUUUCUCUUCUCUGAGAAUGUUUGCUGAGUCUAUAAUAAGUUUCUCUCAGUUGAUCGGCGAAUCCGUCAUUAUCGCCUCCGUCGUCGUCUUCUGUCUCCGUCUCUUCUUAAGACUCGCUUGUUUCCUUGCAAGCCGUCCAUGGCUUCGCUACCGGACAUUCACCGUUCGCCGCCGCCGGAGAUGGGGGAAGAAAACGGCGGAGGAUGAGGAUGAUUCAUCACCGUACUGUGCGAUUUGUCUCCAGGAUGCAGCGGAGGGAGAGAAGAUGAGACGGUUAACCGUUUGCAGUCACUGUUUCCACGCCGAGUGUAUCGAUCCGUGGCUGGAGAAACGGUCCACGUGUCCUCUGUGUAGAGCUCAAAUCCCGCCGCUGCCGACGGGGAAUCCUCUGAUUGCGUUGAUUUUUCCUCCCGGCGUGAUCGAGUUAUUCACCAAAGGAACCUUCGCUUCCGAUGUGUAGAGAGGCUUUUUAGCUCUGUAGUCGUCAUUACAUUUGUUCUUUAAUUAAUUAAGACUUCAACUUAAAUUUGUUCCCAAAAAAAAAAAUCUGAAAUUUGUUGACAAAACAAAAAAACUUCAAUAUAUCAAAAUCUUAGUCUUUAUUUUCAUUAUAAGUGUCAUUUUUAGAAUUGUG